AGCUGACAUAUCAACAAAAAGUUGUGUUUUCUUUCUGUUUAGUAGAGUUUUGAAAAGUUUUCCUGUUACGAAUUCGUAGAUACUAUAGUAAUGUCUAUCCUAAAAUCAAAGUUAUUUGAAACUAUUGCAAAAAGUUUCAAGUCUGAUGCAGUCCCGAAGCCACCUAGAGAACCGGUAGAGACUACAGAUACAUCACAAAGUAAUACCGAAAAUCAACCUUACAAUGUCGAAGAAGAGGAAAUACCCGAACCAGAAAAGCCUAAGAAAGAAAAAAAGAAUCCCAAGCCUACCAAAAAAACUUUCUUUAAUCGUGACAAAACUAACAAACACGACGAUACCCGCAAACAUACAAAAUCCGGAAAGGACCAGACAUCAAUUAAUACUCAAGCAACUGGUGAUGUCAUCCAUGUGGUAAAUUCCAAAGACGUGCAGGUCGGCCAUCAGUAUGUGUACAACAUGGGAACUCCCGGAGCUAACUCACAGAAGAAUAACCCAUUUGAUGAUGAAGAAACAGUAGAAAAGACAAAUCUAAUAACUCUGGUCAUGGAAGCAAAAAUUAUGCUGGAACAUGAAUACAUGGACUAUGUCUCGAAGAACCUCGGCAGGAACUGGCACAGCUUCUUCAGAACGCUCGGCUUCACGCGGGGGCGCAUCGAGACUGUGGAACUGGAUGAGGGCAGAAAUGGUGUUGCAGAGGUCCGCUACAAGUUGCUCCUGGAGUGGGCCCGCACCGACGAGGACCCCACGCUGGGGCGGCUCGCCACGCGGCUGUGGGACGAGGGAGAGCGGCAGACCGUCAAGGAACUCGCCGUCUUGUAUAGUAACAACUUCAAGCAACAAUGUUGAUAGUACUUAACCAAGCAUUGGUUGUGAUCCGUCCCAUGAAAUCUGGCUGAAAAGUUAUGAUCUAGGUAAUAUCCCUACACCUACAUUAUCCAAUCAGUCACACGGCGGCUACUUUAAGUAAGUGCAAUUUUAGUAAUUAAAGUAAUGAGAUUUUACAUUCCAACAACAUUUUAUUGAAUCUGAGCUAUGUAGGUGCUGAGCUCUUUACAUGAUUUAUUUGUUUUAUGUGUUACAGCACCUAAAUCAAAAUACUUACAUAAUUAUAAUAAAAUGAAACCUUAUAUAAUGGCCACGAAAUAUCACCUUAAUUUUUAGAUAUUUACAUUUUAUAUUGAAGUCUGAAACCUACUUAUACAUAUCGAUGAAAACGGUUGUUAAAAAAUAUUGUAAUUUAGACAGGAGCAUUUUCUGCUUCUUUCUGCUAAUGUUUUGUAUUUUUGGCAUAAUCUAGUCAUACUUACUUAUAAGUAAAAUUGUAUAGUUUAUAUUAAAUUUGUUAUAAUCGCAUAUUAUUAUAAUAUCCUAUAAUUUGUCUUCCGAAUUAAUUAGGCAGUAAGUGCCUAUACAAUAUUGCAAUAAGGGUGAGGGAUGUUUUUUGAAUAUAUUUUGUCUUUUUUA